ACAAACUCUUUUCCAUGAUGUGUCUUAUGUUAUAUUUGAUCCCAUUAAAAUAUAUAUCUGAUCUAUAGAUAGGCUGGACAAAAAUGACAAUUUUGGUGAAACGUGUACAGUAUAACAGUAAUAAGGGGGGUUGUACAAGUUUGACAUAAAGCCUACUGAACUCCCUACCUUUUGAUGCAGGUUGAUUACCCGUUAUAGGUAAGAAAAUUGUGCACCCCCUUCCAUCCAUUUAUCUGAAGAGCACUGCAUACUAAUCAUAGGUCAAUAGUUCUAGAUUGAUUUAGGUAACGGAAGACGAAUUAACUCCUGUUUCCUCAUGCACCACUCAGCCUUAGCCCUAUGCUGUGACAUCCGGGAGUCAAAAUGCUUAUAGGGUGACUUGCCAGUUAUUUUCACUAACUUACAUCAUUUCGAAGGCUUUAAGGUCGGCCGUUACAGUUCAUUGAUAAUGUUUUAGUGACGAAGUGACUCCUUUUAUUCCCUGUUGGAAUUUCUCUAAGCCAUAGGAAUACGAGAAAGGGUGUACCAUCAGGUACAGAAAUGGCGGACGAGCCUACAAUAUCAGCUAGAUCAGCGUUCUUCCAGUCUCUGGUGAACGGUGAGACUGAAAACCUACCCGAUCAAGAAUCGAACACCGUGAGGAUCUUCCUGAGUUCUACUUUUACAGAUAUGAAAGAAGAAAGAAACAAAUUGAUGCAAGAAGUAUUUCCAGAGCUUCGACGGUAUUGUCAACAGAGGCAGCUUGAGUUUGAAGUGGUUGAUAUGAGAUGGGGUGUACGAGAUAGUGCCACAGCAGAUCACCUGACAUCGUUCCUGUGCCUUAAUGAAAUUGACAGGUGUAAACGUAUGUCUCAGGGACCUUACUUUGUGGGUUUUCUUGGAAACAAGUAUGGCUACCGACCACUGAAAUCAACCAUUCAAUCACGGAUGUUUAAGAAGCUCAUGACAAUCAUAUCACAAAACGAUCGCAUAACCCAAGACGACAUCAAUCUUCUGAAGAUGUGGUAUGCAGAGGAUGCAAAUGCCAUUCCUCCUGUAUACGCACUUCGACCUAUCACAGCACUUCUUCCACAUUUCCACAACAAGAGUGAACCAGACAAAGAAGGGCAGGCAAGGAGAACCUGGUGGGAAAUGUAUACCAAGAUGAGGAAUGUCUUUGACGAAUUUGCCAGAUCUUCAGCAGCGAGGGAAGUUUACAGCGAACAGGAAAUCCAUUCCUUCGUCAUGUCAGUUACGGAAGAGGAAAUAAGACAUGCCCUGAAAGACAACACAAACAUUCAAGAUACAUGUUUGUUCUUUAUACGAGAUAUUCAGAAUCUUGUUCCGUCUAGAGAAAAUAGAGGUUUAGUUGCAGACUAUGCUGACGUGGAAAUAAAGAAUGGAGGUGAUGUCCAAUUCAACAGGUUUCCUCAAGACAAACUCUCCAUACUGAAGGCAGAAUACAUUCCAUGUUUAGUCCCAUCUGAUUCAGUCAUGAAGUACAAUAUACCCUGGACCGAGAAGGGUUUCGACCCAACAGAUUGUAAGGAGCACAUAGAGUAUCUGAACGACAUGUGCAAAGUCUUUGAAAAGCGGAUGAAGGAUAUGAUAGACAAGAGCCUGCAGGAUCGAAAGAUGUUUACUAGAGACUUGCUCCAGAUAAACAUGUACAAAGAGCUUCUACACCAUUCGUCCUUCUGUAAAAUCAAAUACAGCACAUUUCAAGGACGAGAGGAUUUGAUCGGUUCAAUCCAGGCUUGCCUUACAGCUAAUCUUGAAAGGCCAUUGAUUAUUCAUGGUGUGUCCGGAUCAGGAAAGACCUCUAUCAUGGCAAUGGUAGCCAAACGCAGCAAAGAAUUCUUUGGAAGGAAUUGCGUGACAGUUCUACGAUUCCUUGGAACGUCAGUACAGACAUCUUCAAUACACAUGACCCUUCAAAGCAUAUGUAGACAGAUCUGCAUUGCAUAUGGAGUGGAGCAACCUGCAGAUGAUCACCUGGAUGAUUUCUCAGAAACAGUUCAGACAUUCAACAACUUGAUCAGAACAGUUCCAUCCAAAGAAAGGCCUCUUCUAUUACUCCUAGAUAGCAUUGACCAACUGGCUUCCAAUAAUAAUGCUCAUAUGAUGAACUGGUUACCCAAACACCUCCAUGAAAACACCCAUAUUGUUGUCUCCAUGCUUGAAGAAGAGCACCAAUGCCUUAAAAAUAUUAAAGUGGCUUUGAAGGAUAACAGAUGCUACAUUAAAAUGGACCCUUUGGGAAAAGAUAAUGGUCUUGCAAUCAUGAAGAGUUUGCUAAAGAGCAGAGACAGAACACUGACGCAUGAGCAAGUCGACAUUGUGACAGAUGCCUUCAUAAAAUGUCCUCAGCCCUUGUUCUUGAAACUGUUGUUUGAAGAAUUUGUGAGCUGGCCAUCUUUCAAGAAGAUAGAAGAGAUAAAUCUUCCUGGUAAUAUUUCUGAAGCUAUCUUGUCCUUGUUCAAAGAUCUAGAAGAUCGGCAUGGAAGACUCUUUGUAGCCCAUGCUCUUGGUUAUCUGACAGCAGGAAAGAGUGGUCUGACAGAAACAGAGAUAGAAGAUGUCCUUUCGUGUGAUGACAAAGUCCUCAAUGAUGUCUAUCAGUACUGGGAUCCUCCUGAUGAAGACAUUGUUCGAAUUCCUCCAUCUCUCUGGAAGAGGUUACGUCUGGACAUCGACGAAUUCAUUACUGAACGUCAAGCAGGUGGAAAGACUGUGCUUGCUUGGUAUCACCGACAGUUCAUUGAAACUGCUCAGAAAAUGUAUCUUGGCGACACUUCUACCAAAGUAGCUAGGCACCAGCUACUUGCUGACAUGUUUAGGGGAGAGUAUAGUGAUGGUGCUAUCAAACCAAUUACACUACAUGGUCGUAAGAAGGAAUUCAUAAAGGCUGAUCGCCAAGCAGCAUCUCAACCACUAAUGUUCGGAGACGAUGUUUUCAAUUUGCGCAAGUUGCAAGAACUCCCAUGUCACCUCAUGCAAUGUACACCUGUAGAUUGCUUUCCAAAUGGUUUGAUUAAGUAUGUGAUGUACAACUAUGAAUGGAUUUUAGCCAAGUUGAGAGCUUUAAGUUUCAUGGAACUUAUAGACGACUUCAUGCAGUAUGAUGACGAGAGCGCUCUUCUGAUAGAUGCACUUUACCUCUCGGGGAGCAAUAUCAAGGAGGACCCGUUUGCAUUGGCAGGCCAGUUAAUUGGUCGAUUGACUGACUUUGUGGAUGUAUAUCCAAAUAUUGGAAGACUUCUUCAAGAAGCCAAGUCCUGGAUGCAAACAACUACUCUGCCUCUCAUAAUUCCCAGAGGUGCAUGUCUUAUCCCUCCUGGAGGGCAGUUAAAAGCAUCUCUUGCAGGUCAUCCAAAUAGAGUCGAGGCCAUUCGAUAUGCAUGUUCUGAAGGCAUGCUUGUAACAAUCUGUAAAGAUAAUGAUGGACAACCAAUGGCAAAUGUAUGGGAUGAACCAAAGAUAGAACUCAUUCACACCCUCGAGAUAAAAGCUAAGCAAAAAGCUUCAGGUAAAUUGACACUCGUUCUGAGCCCUGAUGAGAAACAUGUUGUCUUUGGUUGUCAAGUGCUUGGUGUGUUCGCACUUUGUAGUGGGUCACUGGUUUGCAAGUUGGAAACUGGAAAGAACCAUGCUAUCAGCUCAUGCAGGAUACAAGAAGAUGGGUGUCAUGCUGUAGCUGGUGCAGAAAAGGGCACAAAUGUGUACUUGUGGGAUUUGAGAAAUGGGCAACUCUUGAUGAGCUUGAAUCAUCCUGCAGCUGUUCAUUUUACCUUUUUCGAAGGCAAUUCUGAGAUUCUGUCCGUCUGUCAAGAUGGCCGUAUCAGACGAUGGUCAAUCAAUACCAAGGACUGCAUUCACAGUUUUGAGGUUCAUAGGGCUGGUGAUAUCAGGGAAGCAACUCGCUCAGCAAUGAAUAAGACCAUGAUCACAGGAAGUUACGAUGGAACUAUCAAGAUAUCAAGCUAUCUCCAUGAAGAACACAAUUCAAGCAUUACUCUCAAAGCACACAAGAAAGCCAUAUCAUGCCUCUUGAUUUUGUCAGAAAACCGACUUGCUUCUGGUUCUGGAGACUCUGUUGUUUACAUCUGGGAUAUGGUGACAGGAAUGGCGAUAUUGUCCUUCAAAGGUCAUGUUGGGAUGAUCACAUCUCUAUGGUUUGGUAAAGCUGACCAGAGUGCUGCUGACUCACAAGAGAUUCUGGUAACUGGAUCAAAGGAUGAUUGCCUGAAUGUGUGGAGUCUGAAUACUGACCACACUGAGAAUUCUCUCAUCACCUCCUUAGAAGGACAUUCAUCAUGGAUUACAGAUGUAACAGGAUCAAGCAGUCAGAAAAUAUACUCUGCAUCUAAUGAUAAAAGUGCUAAAGUAUGGGACUACAAACGAAAUAUGGUGAUAAAAAGGGAGAGGCACAAAGAGCAUGCAUUUGGACUUGUCUUUGGACCUGACAAAUCAACAGUCAUUACGAGUGGACAAGAAGGUACUGUCAAGUUCUCACGAUUCUCUGACUGCCAGGUGAUCCGCCAAGAAUCUGGCUUUGCCUACACUCUCUUGAUAAGCAGUGAUGGGAAGAAGCUCAUGGGUGGAAUGGUCGAUGAAGGUGUGGUUCGUGUAUGGGAUGUUGUUCAAUCAGAGGACAGGAAGAGUACAUUCGAUCUUGAAGGUCAUGACAAGGAUGUUCUGUGUAUUAUCGAAGGUAAUGAUAACCAGAUCAUCACAGGGUCACUAGAUACAACGGUUAAACUGUGGUCGCUGGAAUCAAAGUCAUGUCUGAAAACACUCGAAGGGCACAAAGGUUCUGUUGAACUUGUGAAAGUGACAAAGCAAGAAGCAGACACUCUAAUCCUAUCAGCAGAUAGUAAGGGUAUGCUGAACAUCUGGAAAUAUAAGACAGGAGAAUGUCUGCUAUCAGCUAAAGAGCACAGGACAUCAAUACGAUGUCUUUCUGUAUCUGAUGAUGGUAAAUAUGCGGUCACAGGAGGAAAUGACAAGAAGGCGCUACUCUGGUCAUUGGAUUCAUCUGAUGGUUCUUUUGGUAAGGUGCUACAACGUUUGGCAGUACAUACAUCAGAGGUAACGUGUGCUAUCUUUAUGCAUGAUGGUAGAAGGAUUAUCACAGCUUCACAUUCAGGAAGUAAACAGCUCUAUAUGUGGAAUAUAUCAGAUGAAACAGACCAACAUUUCAUGGAUGGACAUUCCCACGCAAUCCUAGAUAUGCAUAUAUCAGCAGACGAUUGUUACUUGGUUACAGCAUCCCGUGACUGCACUAUUAAGGCUUGGCAUCUUCCAUCCCGACAGUUGAUGGCGUCCUUUGACUGCAAAUCAGCGAUAAAGCACAUAGAUGUGGUUCACAUCAAUGAAGAUCACUACCGUAUAGGAGGAGAAAACAAAACUGGAACUAUUCUCCUACUGGAUCUGUUUCUCCCAAAAGCAGACAGGUCUGAAGCCUACUAUCAAUCACCAGUAAUGAAAUGAAAUUUGUUAAUAGGUCACCUUAUUUGAAAUAUUUGUAUGCACCCAUAUGCUUUUAGAUUUCUGUGAUACAUUACAACAAAUUUCAUUAAUGAUCGAUGGAACAAGAACAUCUUAAUCAUCUUUUCAUAUACGGUGUUCCUGUAAAUUAAAUGCAAAAAAAAAGGGAUUCUGGAUCCAAAUUCAUAUAACAUGUUAUUAACAACAAUCGCAGGAAGUCUGUGACAAAAAUAAUCAAAUUAUGUGGCAUCAGUACAGGAAGUUAACAGAAAGUUUGUGAAACAGGACUCCUAUCAUGCAUGUAAACACUCCAGGUGCCUAUUGCAUAAAACCUUUUACCUGAGAAAACUCUGGUAAAAACUAGAAACUAAAGGUUAGCAUGAUUUCUGCCGUUGACUUUAACACAGAGCAAAAACCCCCGGUAAAAAUAACCUGAGUUUUCUCAGGUGAAAAGUUUUAUGCAACCGGUCCCAGGAUUGGAAAGAGAAAUGGUUGAUAAAAUGGAUAGUGAACUGAUGACAAUCUAUUAAGAUAAAAGGCUGAAUGAUAAUUUCAUUCUUCAGUCAGAAGUCACAGUAUCGAUGUUAGAAGCACUAAUGCACCACUAUUUAAAAAAAUCCAGAAUCAAUGUAGUCAAACAUGAUUCUAAAGCUUAAUUCAAACUUUCACCUCUCUCUGAUAAAUACCAAAAUGGUGGCAAAAUUUGAAGAAAAAAAAUUGCCAUUACAUCCAGUGUUUUCUACAUAUUACAUAAAUGAAUAGGAUUCAAAGUGUAGGUCUUAUAAAACCAGAUCCUCUAAAUUGAAAAUAAAUAAGUUUAAAAGUAGCUUUAAUUACAUAUUUAUAAAAAGCAAUUACCGUACGUAGUAGCUUCUUUAUCUAUGAUAUAAGGAUAUGAGUCAAUAUACGUAGGUAGUUAGGAACAAAAAGAAAAUAUUAAAAAAAAAACCUUUAAAGGGGGUGGGUGCAUAAAACAUAAGUGUAGCCAGGUAAUAUUUAGUUAUACAGAAAUUCUUGUUUGCUGUAAACAUGAAUUAUUAACAUACUUGUUGUAUACCUCUCUUGAUGUCAUACAUAUAUGGGUCAAGCACUCUAAAGAAUAAAAGAAAUAUAACAGAUAUAUAUUUUACUUCUGAAUUUAAUUCAUUUCACAAAAUAUUAGAAUAGAUUUGGUUUACAAUAUCACAACGAGGGUAACACAUCAUUUGAUCUUCUGAUGCUUGCUCCUCCUACAAUAUCUCUGAAGAUAUUGGAGGAGGGUUGUUAUAGGGUUUGCAGUUUAGAAUUAUGUCAGGAUUGUGAUUAAGGUUAAGGUAAAGUAGGUUAAUGUUUGGCUUAACGUGUGUAUUAUCAAAGGAAGGUAUUGUCAUAGAAGCAAAUGUCGUUAAUCAUUUAGUCAAUUUAUUAUUCUCUAUUGAUAUUCAAUAGGAUGAUGUGAUAGCACUAGGAUUGAAUUGAUGAUUUAUAAAUAAAAGCAUGGAAUGUUAUAUGACAUCAAACACCUACACUAAUCAUUGUUCUCUAUUCAGUCAAAACCACAAAUGAAUAUUUUAAAUGCAAAUAAGAAUGUUUAGUCACACAAUAUCAUAGUAUAAUGAAAUAAGAAAAUACAUAACUUCAAAUAUCAAUUUGUCUGUUAUCUAUGUCUACAUAUAUACAGAUUAUAAUCCUGAUUGAUUAAUUUCUAAGCAUCUAAAAAAUGUGUUGCAACGAAGAUGAUGAAGGAUUUGUAUAGCAAAGUCACUAUAUAUUUCUACUGCACUUUGCUUAUAUGUACUUAAUUACUUCCCAACAAAGAUGUGUCUUCAAUAAUGAUUUGAAAAUGGGUAUAAUAAUUUAAUGAAAAUCAUAAUAUUUGAAUAAUAAUUAUAAGUAUUCUGGACUCAAUUUUGUUUAGAUGAUUUGUUAUAUCUGCUUAAAAAUUCAUACCUCAGUAAUUUGUUUCUUUGUUUUGUUCAUGCAUGUUCAUCUUACUAUAAUUUUACCAGUGGAAAACAAACUUCUUUGUAAUCAUGUUUACGAAGACAAAAUGAAAUAUCUUGUACAUGUAAAAUAACUAGCUUUAGAACUGAUUAUGUACAAAGUGCCAUGUUUGAGUGUGAAACUUUCCUUUGCAUCAUUGUAAUUUUUCAAACCUUGAAUUACAACUGCAUUACAGAAAUUGUC